AUGAGGAUUAUCGAAAAGAAUAAGAAUGUUACAACAGAAAACGAAAAUCUGUCGGUUGCAGUAGUAAAUGAAAGUCUCUUAUCUCAAGAGAAUGUUUUGUCUGAGCGUCGAUUUAUUGGCUCAGAAUCACUGAAAAAACCUGGUGGUGCUGGAAAGUUAAAGCAGCAAAGAGAUUUAAAAUGCAAAAUAAAUAAAGAGAAAAUAAGUUAUGGUAAAGAAACAAAAACUCUAGAAUUAAGAUACACGGCUGGAGGCUUGAACAACAUUGAAAUAGAUUUGGGAUCUUGUAUAUGUAUUCAUGGUCAUUUGCAAUUUGUAGACUGCAUAAUGCAAUCAUUACUGUAUCAAAGAGCAUUUAUUCCGGCCCUUAUUCCGCAAAUUUUAGAUGGUAAAACUCAACAAGAGAUGAAAUUUAGUGAAACUUAUCAUAAGGUGAGAAAAACCUUGAAUAAGUUAUUCUGUUGUGAGAACCGUCGUCUAAUAAAAGAAGUUAUCGUUGUUGUUGGUGCUUCUUGUCAUUUACCUAGCGAAGUAUAUUAUAUUCCAGUCUGUGUUUGCGAUAGCCUUGGGCAGUUGCAAAAGAUUUGCCUAAAGGUGAUGAUGGGGUCAAAUAUGUAUUGCGUCCAAGAAAAUAUGUCUAACAAGCGAGCAUAUGUUAUUCUGCGAGCUUCUAAGACCUUGCGCUGCUUGGAGGAUGUUGAAGAAGAAAGCGGUUUUGAGCCUCCAAGUCUCAAUUUAAUAAAGAAGCGAAAUAUAUUUUCUUUCAAAUUUGAAAUCAAACAUCAUUGUAAUGAGGAAUUCGAUUCGAAGCCGCAAAAUUAUUCUUGGUUUCGUCUUUCCUCAGUUCUUCGCGGCUUUCCUGCGUAG